AUGAUUCUCCGCCCGGUGUCCCUCUGGGCAUCUCUCCCCUGCAGCCAUGCCAAAGAGAUCCUCCACUGCUUGAAGGAAAAGUACUUCCGAGAGCUGCAGGACCUGGAGGUGGAUGGCCAAAAAGUGGAGAUGCCCCAGGCGCUGAGCUGGUAUCCAGAGGAGUUAGCUUGGCACACUAACUUGAGUAGAAAAAUCUUACGCAAGUCACCACAACUGGAAAAGUUUCAUCAGUUUCUGGUCAGCGAGACAGAAUGUGGAAAUAUCAGCCGUCAGGAGGCUGUUAGCAUGAUCCCACCUCUGCUGCUUAACGUUAGCCCUCACCACAAGGUUCUAGAUAUGUGUGCUGCACCUGGAUCUAAGACUGCACAACUCAUUGAAAUGUUGCAUGCAGACAUGAAUGUUCCUUUUCCCAAGGGGUUUGUAAUUGCUAAUGAUGUCGACAACAAGCGCUGCUAUUUGCUGGUUCAUCAGGCUAAGAGAUUAAACAGUCCCUGCAUCAUGGUGGUAAAUCAUGAUGCCUCCAGCAUUCCUAACCUACAAAUAGAUGUUGAUGGAAGAAAAGAGAUCCUCUUCUAUGACAGGAUUUUAUGUGACGUCCCCUGCAGUGGAGAUGGAACCAUGAGGAAAAACAUUGAUGUGUGGAAGAAGUGGACAACACAAAACAGUUUGCAGCUCCAUGGCUUGCAGUUGAGAAUUGCAACCCGUGGUGUGGAACAGCUGGCAGAAGGAGGGAGAAUGGUAUAUUCCACCUGCUCGUUGAAUCCUAUCGAAAAUGAAGCUGUGAUCGCAUCUCUGCUGGAAAAGAGUCAAGGUGCCUUAGAACUUGCUGACGUCUCUUCUGAACUACCAGGUUUGAAGAGGAUGCCAGGAAUUACAAAAUGGAAG